AUGGGGGACGGCGCUGUUCCUCAAUUUCCGCCACCAGGCGAUGGGACCCUUGGCAACCUGGUGUUCCCUGUUUACGACCUGAGAAAGCAAAAGGUGGGCACAGUUGCCCUUGGCAAAGACGUUUUCAACGUGCCCGUCAGAAGAGACAUCCUUCAAAGGGUUGUGCGCUGGCAGCGAGCCAAGAAGCAGCAGGGCACCCACAAGACCAAAACGCGCAGUGAAGUUAGCGGUGGAGGAAGGAAACCGUGGCCACAGAAGGGCACUGGCAAUGCUCGGCAGGGAAGCAUACGGGCACCACAGUGGCGGGGUGGAGGAAUUGCUCAUGGGCCAGUGCCACGCUGCCAUGCCCACAAACUACCAAAGAAAGUCAGGAGACUAGGGCUGAAAUGUGCUCUCUCAGUAAGUUCUUGCAGCUGGGUGCACUGUUUAUUCAAUGAUGUGGCGGGAGGUCCUGGACAGCUCCUCCUGGCCGUGCUGUGGCUCUUCUAUGUUCCAGAAACCUCUGGACUAUUGCAAUGGAGUCUGCGGUGA